AUGCUAUCAUCUCGGGGACACAGAAAUGUCGAAGAGCUGAGUGUUCCCUGGCGUUUCAGCCACACACAAACCUAUGACCCAGAGACAAAUCCAACGGGUCUCAUCUCAUUCGGCCUAGCAGAGAAUGUCAUAUUCACCCAAGACUCAAUAAGCUACCGCUCCAGCGCACCAACAGCAGCAAGAUUACCAGCCGCAGCAGCAACCCACCUAAACAAUAUCCUAAGCCCAGACAUCCCAAUCCAACCCGACCAUAUUGUGGUCGCGGAUUCUGCUACUUCCUUGGGUAAUAUGCUUGGAUAUAGUCUAGCAGAACGUGGAGAGGGAAUCCUUGUCAAUAGGCCUGUCUAUGGCCGCUUCGAGCUUGACUAUGGCGUUGAAGCAGGUGUUGAGAUGGUUUAUGCUGAUACUGCGACGGAGGAGGCGUUUUCUCCAACGUCGGUUGAUAAGUAUGAACAGGCUUUGGAAGCUGCGAGAGGGCGUGGGAUGCGGAUUCGGGCGGUUUUGCUUGUUAAUCCGCAUAAUCCUGUUGGGCGUUGUUACCCUGUUGAGACACUGAAAGCAAUCGCUCGAUUCUGUCAGAAGCAUAGUCUCCAUCUCAUCAGUGAUGAAGUCUAUGCUUCCUGUGUUUUUGAAACGGAUGAUUCCGACGCUGUUCCGUUUACCUCGAUACUUUCACUCCAUCUUGUGGGAUUGAUAGAUCCUAACCUGGUCCAUGUGCUAUAUGGCUUCAGCAAGGACUUUGCUUCCGGGGGUCUUCAUCUUGGGUUCCUAGUGACUCAAAACAAACAACUUCGUCAAGCCUGCCAAGCAAUCUUGAGAUUACACGGCGCAUCUCAAGCUGCUGUCACAAUUGGAACUACAAUCCUAGAAGAUCGAGCUUUCGUAUCGAGCUUCACAGCCAACUCGAGAAAGUGUCUCGCAUCCGCGUACCGGCUCACCACAUCAACGCUGAACGAACAAGGGAUCAAUUAUACCAGGGGAGGAAAUGCUGGCUUCUUCGUCUAUAUCGAUCUGUCGCCAUACCUCCCGUUCGAGGAGGGACUAUCACCCCGAGAACGAGAGUUUGCUCUUGCACAGAAACUUGUUGAUGCCGGUGUAUUUUUACAUCCUGGUGAAGAGCAUUCAAAGGAUGUUGGGUGGUUUCGGUUGGUCUUCUCUCAGGAAGAGGAUAUCUUGAAGGAGGGAUUCAGAAGGUUGCUUGGUGCCUUGAAGUCCAGCGCAUGGUGA